AUGGAGGUCCACAGGGCCGAGUGGGAAGACAGACAGUGCCAUUUGGAGCGCAUAAUCAAAAAGGAGUUUUACAACAAAAAUGAUGAUUUAAAAGGAGGGGACCAAAACGUCGGAGGAUUCAUUUCGAGAAACAAAUGCAAACUGGAAGAGCCAUGUAAAUGCAAUAACUGCGAGCAUGUCAUAUUGGUAAUAACAGAGUAUGUGCAGAAGGAGUGUAUUCUAGAUCGAUACGUUUCUGCUUAUAAAAAGUUGCUCGAAAAUUUAGACCCCUAUGUUGACGAAAUUAGGAGCAAGGCGGACAUCGACCAGAUUGUGUAUAAGAAUUUUUUGCCCAGAGAUGAUUCACACUGUUUUAGGAACGAUAAUAAGAAACGUGCGGCAUGCGCUACGCGGGCAACGUGUGGGAAGGAGGAUCGCCAGGACGUCGAGAUGGAAACCUACACCAUUUCGACCAUCAUGACGGUACGGACCAAAAUUCUGAACGCCCUCCCUAUGCUAAAAGGGGUUUUAAAAAAACUCUCCCAUGAUGAGCACGCAGAUUAUUAUGUAAGCAGCAGGGUUGGCAUUAUCGAGAGGCUGAAAGGGAAAAUACACAGGCAGGUUAUGCGCAGAGGGGGGGAUCGCACCUAUCAGAGUCUGCAAAUGGGGGGCGCGAAGGCGAGUCAAGUGGGCUGCGAUCCGCACAACCGCUUCAACCCCCACGAUCGCUUCGAGCAAUACGACCACUUCGAGCGAUACGACCACUUCGAGCGAUACGACCACUUCGAGCGAUACGACCACUUCGAGCGACACGACCACUUCGAGCGAUACGACCACUUCGACCGCUUCAACCACUUCGACCACUUCGACCAGUUCAACAACCGGAGGGAGCAACCUCAGCACAUAAGCGACGCGUGGCCCUGCCCCCAAUGGAAAGGCGCAGACAAAAUGCGCGCGGAGUGUUCAACCCGACUGAGGAAAGAAGCAGCAGUAAAAUUUUACGAAAUUAUUAUAACGACAAAUCAGAAUUUGAUAAGCCUGCGGAGCAUUCACCUCUUGAUCGAAAUGGUUAGCCUGUUUCACAGCUACUUAAUGAAAUUCCUGUUGGAAAAAAAAAAAAAGGAAAAGGUAAACCUUAUGCAACUUUAUCAACUGAGGAAGGAAGAGGACACAUUUUGUGACGAAUCAAAUUACCUCCUAUUUUAUAACUUCAUUUUGGGAAAAUUAAAAAAAAAAAAAAAAAAAAAAAAAGAGGAAAGUGACUUUCAGGAAGGCAGACAAACUGGGGUGGAGAAAUCCCAAAGGGGGGAUCACAGCGAGAGGAGGUCCUACACGCCUGACAAUAGCACAAGUUUUGAUUGCGAAAGUGGGGGAGGCGGUUCGAAUGCGGAGGUGCGCGCCCUGAUGGGGGGAGGGGCCCCCACUAAGAGCUACGCGGAUCUGGGCAGCUGUUACGACAACGGGGACGCUGUUUAUACGAAGCGGAUCGGCGACUGUACGCAGAGGAGCGACGAUUUUGCGUCGAGAGACGGAGGAGAGGAAAUCCAUGGCGCGGAUUACACGAAUCGGAUGAGAGAUAGCAGUGGUCGCGUGGCGGAGUGGGGCACCCAUGAUGAGGAGUGUCCCCGCCACGGGGAGGACUACGCCAGUGAGGAAGUGGGUUAUGCCCAUCAGGGGGAGGAUUACGCCUGUGAGGGAGGGAGUUAUUCCUAUCAACGUGGAGACUACGCCGCUGAGGAAGUGAAUUAUACCCAUCAGCGUGGGGACUACGCCUAUCGCGCUGAUCAGGGGGACUGCCCCCCCGUGGAAGAGCUGCAUGAAAGGAGGACCCCCCUUGGUGAGAAAGAAACCGAAGAAAUGAAGCGCCACAUUAAACACAUAUUUUCGUGCAUCGUAGGAGAGGGGGAUACCUACCUGAACAUCGAACUGCUCUUCACCCUGCACACCUUCCAGCUGAGUUACCUUUUCAAUAUAUUAAAAAAACUCAUAUUAGGGAAGGAGGUUAAAAAUGAAUUCCUCGUGAUGCUAACCUACUGCGGAUAUAAAAUAGAAAACAUGGAAGUCCUCGAGUACUGCUUUUGGAAGUUGGUAAGCAUCUUUGAAAGUGAGGAGUUGCCAGAGUGUUGGGUCGUCGUGGAUGAUAAACAGAACAGCCACGUAAAGCAAAAGUACAACGAAAUGAGAAACAACUUACGGGUGAUGAAACAGAGGAUGGAGGAGCCGGAGAUGCACAUGAGCAAAGAGAUGCAGCUGAACAGGGAGAAGCAGAGUUGUCUUUCCCAGGGGAAUUGCCACUACGUGGAUUACCGCAAUGGAAACUUCGACGGGCACUACGAUGGAGCGUUUUACGGAGCGCUGAACAUCUUCAAAUUGAGUAAUCACCACAACGCGGCUAACAACGUCACGGAGAUAAACAUGAACAAAGGGAACCUACAUUUUAACAAAAAUUUAAUCGACAAGAAAAUUUUUUCCCCAUUCAUCGAAAAAACGAAAAAAGAAUUUCAUCAGUAUAAUGACAUUCCAAAGGGGUACGUCAUAAACGAAAUACAAAGGCUGCGAAAUUUUAGCGAGUACUACUCCUGUUGCUACAUUUUAAAAAGCAAUCAGAAGAAAAAAAUUUUGAUGGGGUUUAAAAAAAAAGGAGAAAAUAAAGUCUACCUGUACAGGUACGAUAAGAGUAUUAAAAAAAGUUACAAAGCGGGGGAAAAAAAUAACCCCUUUUUUAACAUUUCCGGGUUUUUAGGAGUUUUAAUUUGUAAUUUUACGGGCAUGAAAAUUAAAAUAUAUGACAAUGGUAUAGCGGAAAAAUACGCCAAUUUUUUUCCCUCCUUUGAAAGAAAAAAUACAAUUUCGAUCAGUUUUGAAUCAAAUAUAAUAAGCGAGCUGCCCAGACAUUUUAUGUGCAGCAUUUACAAGCUUAAUAAAGACGUCAAAAUUAUUUACGAAAAUAAAUGCCCCGUUUGGAAUGAUGAAAAGGAGAUUUACGAGUUGCCUUUUUAUGGCCGAGUUAAAUUAGCAAGUGCAAAAAAUUUGCAAUUAAUUUUAAAAAAAUGUGUAGUUGCCAACUCGCGGAAGGGUUCCUUUGUGGGGAAAAACAUAAACGAUGUUAUUGAGUAUGUCAGCAGUGACUCUUUCAAGAGGGACUCCCAAGUGGCUGGCACGUGUGCCGGGCGAGGAACAGAGGGUCCCCCCCCGCAUGGACUUCCAACGUGUGGACCCCCCUCGCAUUCUCCCUACGAAGGCAGCUUCAACGGGGAGGGGGACGCCAAAAAACACGUGCUCAGGAAAAAGUUCCCCUUUGAUGUGAUCACAAAUAAUUUUAAAAAAAAAGAAGAAGAAAAAUUCGAAAUUGUGAACAACGAUGAGGAGGAAAUAUUUUUAAUUUUUGGGAAAAACUCCAAGGAUUACUUCACGCUUGAUUUUCGCCACCCCUUGUCCUCCUUCGAGGCGUUUUCCAUCGCCAUUUCGUCUUUGCUGAAGAAGAAGGCCGUUUCGUAG